CCUCUCUGUCGCCAGAAGGUGGCGCUGUUGUUCAGAGAGAUACACUGUUGUGUUGGAGCUGCGUUCAAUGUCUGCCUGAGGAGGUUACAGGUGGAGUCUCUUGAAGCACCGUGUGUGACUCAGCUGUGUUGUUGUCUUCUCGGCCGUCAGUAAGACUUUCCUACACAUUGUACCUCAUCCUGCAGUUUGAUCAUGCAGACCAUGCACCCUGUAGACCUUCCAGAUGUGGACUACAGCGACCUGAAGUCUGCACCUGAACGUUACUUCACUUCUCUGAGGUCAGGACUGUGUCAUGAUGGAUGGUUUCAGCCAUCAGAGGAGCCAAAGGUAGAGAUCACAGAAAACAAUGUGAGGUGGUUACAUUUGUUUGACGAUGACCAACCUGACUGCACACUGUUGGCGCUCCACCCUCCUGAGGAUCCUACACAAGUGGUGGCUCUAUACCUGCAUGAGAAGUGGUGGUGUGUGGACGACCUCUUACGGUCGUCCAGUGAAUCCAGAAGAGGCUUGAUGUUGGUGCAGUCCAUCAUAGAGAGGGUGAUCGUGUUCCUGCUCAGUCAGGUCGUGGAGAGGUCCUCACAGGAGGAGGUGCUGUUCUCCCUACACCCCCGAACAGAGAGCUGCAAACUACUGUGGGUAGACGGCCAGGCGGUCGGCUUCUACACCGUCAAACACAAAGGCAGCCUGUGUGACAGCUGGAGCGCUCUCUGCUACACGCUGCCAGUUCUGGACACAGUGCUGGUGAGGAGGAGCAGCAGAGGGAGAGGAUUUGGACUUCAGAUGCUGGAGGAUUUCUGUUCCCUGUUCUCCACAGAGAAGUUUUUAGGAGUCAGCUCUCCGUUAUCUCCCAGCAUGGUGGCAGUGUGCAGGAGGUUCCUGCUGCAGCACGAGGAACAUCAGGAGCGUCUGUAUGAAGUGGAGGCUCCAGGGGACUGGACUCAACGAAGGAACAUCUGGCUCAACAUCCAGCUCGGCCGCUACUCCCUCAGUACGGACAUCAGAAGCUUUUAUUGGUUUGAAAGAGGUAAAGAUGGAAAGAAGAGACCAGCAGCUAUAGGACCAAUGCAGGGGACUGAGGGAGACGACAACAAUCAGAAGACUUACAGUCAUGACGCAGACCUGACCUCAUCAGAUACGAACGAUCCAUCCGUGAUAAGCUCUUCAGAACAAAGAACCUUGUGUGAGCCUUGUGAUCAAAGUCAGGGAGGACCCUCCCCGAGCAGCAAGACUUCUGGAGCUGGAUGUAACCCUGCUGCCCACGCCGAUGAUCUGGACUCUGGAGCUUCCACCGGACCACCAAAGUCCCCUAGAACAAAACAAUCUCUGAUAUCCAAACCCUCCCUGUCCACAGACGCUCACAAAGAGGAGCCUGAAGUGGAGGAGGCACAGAGAGGAGCCAAACGAGUGAAAAGAACAUGACUUAUAUCUCAGACACCGACAUGUGAAGCUCUCAGAGGGAGCUGAUCGUGCAGACUAAAGGGAGUGAUAUCUCUAAAAGCCUUUAUACUGUUUAUGGAAUAAAGAUGAAAGAGUCUUUUCAGAGUGAUUUAUACAUCAGUAAUUAUUAUGUUAUGUACAUAUUUUAAAGAGAUCUUACCCUUUAUUAAUUUAAAGCUUUGAUCUUUGCUGAUUUGAUUUGUCCCGGUGUAUCUACCCUCACUGACAUCACCAUCACUUUACUGUGACCUUUCUCCAGGGGAGACAGCUUAUGGUUGUCUCCUUCAUAAUAAGAGCUUGAAGAUUCUUAGCGUCGCUAAGAAGACGUCUUGUAUUAAAAACUGGAACAUU